AAAAUCACGUGAUGCUGUGGUAACGAUUGAGUCAAUAAAAUCAGUUACAAAUGACACAUAGUUUAAGGAUAUGUAGGCUACAUCGUGACGGUGCUCAAAUUGGUUGAACAUAUGUUUCAAGAAGUCCACCGACUUUCUAUAUGGAUGUAAAACCUAUAUAGCGAACAUUAUGCGUUUAGGGGUUAUAACCCCAGUGUGCGUAUCUCUACACCCUUAGCAUCAGCCGUGUGUUUAUAAUGUGUGUUUACAUUCGUAUAACGGUUUGUCUAUUCUGGUCUAUAUAAAAUAGAUAGUAUACCUGACCAUUGUCAAUAUACAAUGUCACUUUUUAUUAAUCUCUUAUAUCCGUUUGAUUACUACGCCAAUAAAUGCAGCGUUUUCUUCUACGCACAGUUUCAUGUAGUUUUUAUUUAUCGAUACGAAAUCCCUUGAUGACUUUGGCGCGAUAACAAAAUGUGAUGUGUGUAUGUAAACGGAAGUUAAUAGCAAAAUACCCCAAAUACCUGUAGUAUAUUUAAGUAUAUUUCGAUUUAUAAACUAAACUAUAAAACUUUUCAAAAUGUCCAGUGAAAAAACACCAUUAUUAGAAAGCAAAGGAAGAAAUGAGGACGCAAUAUCGAAAGUUCCUUACUAUUGGAGUGAAAGAUGGAAACUCGCUUAUAUUUUAUUUAUAGGAACCAUGGCACACUUUAGUUUACGUACCAAUCUCAGUGUUUCUAUUGUAUGUAUGGUCAAUCAAACCAACUCUUCAAACUCCUAUUUACAUAACCAGUCAAGAUCUAGAUCUGAUGAAGGAACUUUGAACUGGGAUACAGCCACCCAAACUGGUUUAUUGAGUGCCUAUUUCUAUGGAUACUUGGUCCUACAGAUUCCUGGUGGAUGGGUAGCUUCAAAGUUUGGACCCAAAAAAGUUGUUGGGAUUGGAAUGACGCUAGCUGGAAUUGCCACGUUGCUGACCCCAUUAGCUGCAGGUCAAAAUGUCAUCUAUGUUUACAUAAUCCGAGUCAUUGCCGGUUUGUGUGGGGGUGUUAUUUAUCCAUCUAUAUAUACAUUGUGGGGAAGAUGGGCACCACCAUUAGAAGCAAGUCUACUUAUAGCAGUAACAGGAAUUGGUUGUGGUAUAGGAACAAUUGUUACUUUUGCUAUGACAGGUGUUCUCUGUGAUUCUAGUUUUUUAAAUGGUUGGCCGUCCGUAUUUUACAUAACAGGUGGGUUUGCACUACUAUGGUCUAUUCUGUGGAUAUUAGCAGUUGCUGAUGGUCCAGAACUGAGUAAAAGAAUAUCAGCUGUGGAACGGGAGUAUAUAUUAAAAAGUCUUAGUAAUAGAACACCCCAAACGGAUACUACAAUACCCUGGUUAUCUAUACUUACUUGUUCCGCCACUUGGGCUUGUGCUUUGUGUAAUUUCUGUACUGAUUGGUUAGAUUAUUCAUUAUUAACGUGUCUGCCAACAUUUAUGCAUGAUGUUUUAAAAUACGAUAUACAAGAGAACGGCAUUUUAUCGUGUAUACCAGUGUUACUCGAGACAACGUCUUCCCUCGUCGCCUGCUAUAUAGCUGAUAAACUUAGACAGAAGAAAAUUUUGAGUACAACUUAUACAAGAAGAUUAUUUCAAGUGACAGGUUACAUCGGAGCUGCUGGAUUUUUAAUGGGAACUGGUUAUAUAUCUAAAGAACAAAGAACGUUAGCUGUGGUAUUUUUAUCCAUUAGUACAGCAUUUAAUGGUUUCUCUAUGGCAGGCUAUAGUUCUAAUUUAUUGGAUUUUGCACCAAGAUAUGCUGGAGUAAUCUGUGGUAUAUGUAAUUUUAUUGGCACAGUUCCUGGUAUGGUAGCACCUAUAGUAGUUGGUGUAUUGACACCACAUAAAUCGCAAGAAGAAUGGAGAGAUGUGUUUUAUUUAGGUGGAGGCAUGGCGUUAUUAAGUGCUGUAUUAUAUGUUAUGUUAGCACGAUCAGACAUUCAACCAUGGGCUGCUAAACAUAUAGAAAUAAUCAUAGAAAAUCCACAAUCUGUUAUAAAAGUUCCAAUUGACGAUAAUUCUGUUAAUUUAUCAACACAUGAUCGUGAAUUAACACACUGACGACAAUUCUGCUAAUGUAUCAACACAUGAUCAUGAAUAUCAACGAUAAUUAACACAUUGACGAUAAUUCUGUUAAUGUAUCAACAAGUGAUCAUGAUGUACGGGCCUGUAAUAUCUCAUACAUCAAGAGUUCUCCAAGUUCCAGCAAGGGUUCCUUGAUAGUUGAUACAGUCAAGAUGGUUCACAGUUACAAUCUUCAGUCCAUGGUUUCCAUACACGGUUGAAUAUUAUGAUUCUUCACGGUGUCUUGUGUAUAAUUUGCUUCCGGUGAUUAUGUGUGUGAGAAUACACUCAAAAAGGUGCAAUAACGAACAAUAAUACAAACAAGGUUGCCGUUCAUAUUCGUCGGCACCGCACAAUAACCGUUCCCAAGGAAAUCUCGGUCAAAAAUUGGGUGUUCAGAAACAACAUUGCUCAAAUUUUCUCUUCUUGUUAAAAUAUUAACAUUUGAUAUAAAGAAUGGAAGAAUUCGUAUCUGUUAAUGUACUAUCAAAUAUAACGCUUAUGUAAAUUUA